GGCUACCCUAGCCCCGGAUUCUCACUUCAAUUCAGUCGUGUGCGCGUUACGAGCGCGCUCGCACCGCGUCGUGUUUCACUAAUCAUUGCAUAUACAACAAAAUAAACCACAAAUUCUUAUCAAUAAAAACCUCACACCGAAUGUAGGGAUGUGAUUGUGUGUUAUAACCUGUGUUCUCUGUUAACAAAAUGUGAUUGGACAGGUCGUGUUAGCGCUCACUUUGAUAUCCAGGCGUCGUGUAUUGUGAAUAAUGAUAUGUAACAACAUUUUGUACGGCGAUAAAUCGGCGGUAACAGUGUACUUUUAAUCGUGACUCGACACGAGUCAAGUAAAUUGAUAUUCUAUUUAUUAUUAAAGAGAGAUGAAAUUAGAAAUCACCACGUCUCAAAUUUCGUCGCCAUAUUACCGAAAUUAUGGGAUUACAGUGAAAUGAAAUAAUACGGGAAACGCAGUACAUUUUGUUCACAAAUGAGAGUUAUUCAUCAGCUAGUUGGUGAAGAAUGGAGCGUCCGCCUUCAGCGCCUAAUAGGCCGACCGUCCGGCAUUUCCACAACCAGCCCGAGCUGCAGAGGGGAGACAGCUUCGGCCUCAUGCUGAAGUGGAUUAUCUUCGUGUGGUUAGCCAGCUGUGGACCACUGGGGAAUACUGUCAAGCAAGAGGGUGGUUGCACGUUCCCGGUACGGUGGCAUGGGCGGUGGUUUCAAUCUGGGGUCAUCCAGCCCAUCCUCAUCGAAGGUGACCGCCUCUCCAACAAGGGCAAAUGUGUCUCUUCGGAAGGAGACAAAUUCGUUAUUGCUGACGAAAAAGGAUGUUACCGAUGUGUUGUGAUGCAUGAAAAACAUCAAAAUGUUCUUCAAUAUAAGGAAACAUACUGCUACCGUCGAGACGCACUACCACACCUAUGUACACUGAUCACCGGCGAUGCUCUCCUGUACUCCAUGUUCAGAGAAAAUGCGGAUCCCGUCGACUGCCCUCUGAGGGGUCCGUUCUCGUUCACUUAUAACAGAGGUCACGGUGAUUGCAAAAGUCCUGUAUCGUCGAUCGAGAGCUGUACAGAAGAUUCCAGACUCCUGCUCAACUACCAAGCAUGUCCUGAUGUCUACGGCUCAGAAAGUACAGUGGAAGAACUAGAGUGCCUAGCAACCUGGAAGGAGGGCAGCCUACGAUUCUUGGUCGGCAAAUUGCAUCACAAUCACGCAACGAGCAACGAGGAUCGAUACAGAUGCUUCGUCUACGAGAAGACAAAUGGUAUUGCAUCUGGCAGUGGUGCUAAAGAAGGACCAGUAUCUCCAGGGGGUGUGGAAUAUAGAGUGGCGCAGUCAGGGGACGCGACUUGCAAUGGACUCUUCAGUGCCACUGAGGGAUCCAGGACCAUGGCUCUUAAAAGAGUAUCAGUACGUUUCAACUGUCAAUUUCCACCAUGGAUGACGUUCUCGCAUACUUGGCACACAUUAGACUUCAGCAGUAACUAUACAUUCUACCAGAGAAACGCAACAUUACGGAUCACGAAUCAAACUGGAGCCGAUAUUAAAGUGUACUGCGUCAAUGUGAAAGCCAGCUCGCCGAGUGGGAACUCCGUAGCAUUAGUAGCGCAUUGGCAACACCAUUGUGUGUCACGAUAUGUUUGCGUGGUGCUAUAUCGUCGCGAUACAUAUAUAGCUGAGCUGCAGCGCGGCUCGCCGACAUCCCGGCCUGAUGAUGCAUGUUCACCUCAUCACUUCAAUGCUGUUACAGCACCUUAUGUUACUUUAGUUGCAAGCAAUCCAGAAUCAAAGGAUUGCCCUUAUUCCGGAAAGUACACUGUACAGAACAGCAGGCAUCAGAGAAAUAUCAGAUCACUGAGUGAGAAAAAAUAUAGGAGUAAGCGAGAGAAAGCAAUGUUCGAACAUAAUCGUAGGGUUAAUGGGAGUAGGUUGUUCAAUUUUAGUGUAAGCAAUAUGUCGAGUGCUCCGAUGCUGAGGAGCAGAAGGCAGGUGGACGGGCCCGAGGUAGCUUGUGUAGUCAACAAUUACAACAGACUAGAGGUCGGCUGCAACUCUGUGAAGAACAUGGAGUUUUAUUCUAAUUGUCAGAAUAAGGAAUUAAUUACAGCGUACACGUGCCACGGCGGGUGGUACGAGAACGGCGCGUCGUUCGUGGUGACGACGCCGGUGACGCGCGACAGCACGGCGGCGCGCCGCUACUGCUUCGUGUCGCGCGAGGCUCGCGCCGGCCUCGUGCUCGCGCGCUCCGCCGCCAACUGCGAGCGCGCCGCCGCCGCCGCCGCCGCCGACCACGACCUGCUCUUCGACGCCACGCCCGUGGGAGAAUGUCAAGAUCAAACAAAUCACCAGCCGCCGUUAAGGAUACCAUCACCAUUAACAAUUUCAGCAACUAUUAUAAUACUUUUCAUAAUACCAAGAUGAUUCGACGCACAAACAAACAAUCGUUUUAGAUCCCUACCAUUGUAAUUAUAGUAUUUAAUAGGACUGGAAGAGAAUGUAGGAGAAACAAAAUUAAUUUUUUAAGCGUUCUAGUUAACUUCUACCUGUAUUGUUUGUAUUGAGUAUAAUUACGUGCAUUGUAGAAUGAUGCGGGUUUUUUUUUUUAAUGGAUAAUGAUAGAAUGGUAACCCCGCCUGCGCUAUCGGUAUACGCUGGCGGGGCACCAGUGAGGGACGAUCGGUGAAAUGAAAAAGCAGACCAGUUAACCCAUCGUGACGAAUUCAACGAUAAAUCAGUCACAAUGGUUUCCAACAGGAACCGCGUGGAGGUCGACCUGAUAGCCUAUAUUAAUAGCAAUGAUAACUAAUCUCCCCUUUGAUAACAAUUCCUUCCCCCAGAAUGACGCGGGUGAUUAAUUAUUAAAGCUAUAGAUAGUAUUUCUAUAGUACCCUGAAACCUUAAAUUAUAUAGAUAGAGCAUCGAGCCUUAAAAAACAGGUCAACUUUUUAUCAGCUAAUUGUCAAAUUAACGACUCGUUUUUUUAUUAAUGUUCUAUAUACUUACGCACACAAUGUAUCUUGAUGUGUUUAUUUUAAUUAUUUAAUAAAUAAAAUAAGUUUUUGCGCAUUAAAAAGGUGCAGAAUUUACAAGACAAAACAAAUAUAGAAGUUAUAAAACAAUCUAUUUGUCACGCAAUUUGUUUAAAAAAGUUGAUCCCCUUUUCCCGAAGCAUUUGUAUGGAGACACUCUAUCUAAAUAAUAAUUCCAAUAUUAGUACACACUAGUCAGAUACCAAUGAGAGAUUAUUAUUUGGUUCUUAAAAAUGCCGUAUUAAGAUUUCUUAAAGGUCGAAAAGGCGCGCGUGAAUCCCUACAUUUUUUUUUUAGUACGUUUGUUCAGUAGUGGAACAGGCUAAUGUCGGAGACCAUGCUGCCUAGUCUUCAAUAUGAUAAUUUGUCUGGAAUUUUUAAAGUGACAUCCCUAGAGUUACAAGCAUCCAUAAACUACGGUAAACCCGUUUUCCAUCAGACGGUGCCUGUACUUGUUUAGUAUAAAAGAGAAACAUACAAUUACCUGAAUCAUGUUAUAAUGCACGUACUAAUGGUGGCGCUAGUAUCGCUAUUAUAAUAUAAUUAUUUAUCUACCUAUAUAUUUUUUUCAUCCAUUCAAAAAAGUUUCACGAUUCUACUAUAUUUUUACUGUAUAUUACGGGAUAUUUUGGAAAACUGUAUAUCGAAAUUUUUGUCCAAAGAGUCCACACUCAUAUUUAUUUUAUAUCAUUUUGUCAACAUUGACAUUUUUUUUAAUUUAAUGUAAUUUUAAUAAUUAUAUACAGAUGUCAAGUUCUUAAUACAUAUUACCUUCAAUUUCACUACCAACAUUUUCAUACAUUUUUAUUUUUUUUAAAUAACUUUUUCUAAGUUAAUAAAAUCUUCUUCGUUUUGAGUACUUGUUAACUCUGUCAUGUAAAAAAAGUAAAAGUAUGUCAUAGAUAAAAUAAACACAUUCAUAAUAAAUAUAUCAUAGAUAGCAAGAAUCGCCUAAAUACAUAUAUAAAGCAAGCUAGCAAAAAGUUAUUUAAGCUUUUUGUAUCAUACCUACAUAUUUCUAUUAAGGAUAUUUUAAUUUUAUUUAUUUAUACAAAUUAAACUGUACCUAAUGAGUCAGUCGUUGGUUGAUCAAUGCAAUUUACACAACUACUAACUUCCGCGGUGAUACCCACGUUAGAAUCUUAGAAUAUAACCUACUCAUGUACCAAAUAUGUACCAAAUUUCAUUCAAAUCCAUUCGCUGUCAAAGCGUGAGUGACUAACAAAUAUAUAAACAUCAAAACAUUUUUACAACUUUCACAUUUAUGAUACAUAUUAGGUAGAAAAAUAGA